AUGGUGUGCACCAGAUCACGUGAUUACACCGAUCCAUCUAAUCUAAAACACCGUCACUCCGUCCAUUACGAAUCAUAUGACGAAGGGGAAGAUAAUUCAUAUUCCGAUUACGAUUCCGAUAGUACACCGUCACCUUUACGACCGGCGUCGAUGACGAAAGUUGCGUGGAAACCUAAAAACAAGAAGCGUAGUUGUAUAAACAAUGGAGUGCCGGAGGGAACGAAUCACAAUGAAAAUAUUGGUGGCGGUAACAAAAUAUCACCCUCGAGAAUAAUAAUUCCCUAUAAUGAUCAGGAUAACAUGCAUUUUUAUAAUGGGAAUAUGCGAAUAUAUGAUGAACCGGGAGUGUACGAUUAUUAUAAACACCUGGACGAAAACUCUCAUCAAUAUCCCUCACACCACCAGAUCCACGGACGAGGGAUAUAUGACGAUGAGCAUCUGUCAUCGGGAGCUCUCAUCAGGCGGUCUCGUUCAUUGAACUCGAGGCGUAAAAAUGAUCUAUCCUUCUUCCAAAUAGUUUAUAACAUCUGGGGCAUAGUGAUCGAGGCCGUAAAUAAUUUUUCCGAUAAUGUGAUAGAGAUAAUACCGACCCUGCGACAGACCAAAAAACUGUUAACCAUACUGGCUUUCAUACUACUGACCUUCAUCAUUUGGUUAAAUGGCGAUGUCGAAAUCGAAGAUGUAAAUAAUCAUCGCCAGCUUCAUUACGACAUCACACAUCCGUCCAACGCCGAAGCCUACGAAUCAUCGAUAGCCUCUAAAAUAUGGUCACUGAUGAGUUCCAACAAGGAGUCCACCAUCCAACACAUCCUAGACGUGCAACGACAUACGUCACCCGAAAUAACCGAGAAAAAGAUUGAAGAGAUGUUGCAUAAGUUCGUACCUUCUAUAGUUAGCAACGUACUUAGGGAUAAGAUGAUAAACGUCCAACUACCUGACACCGAGAAACUAAAUGAAUUCGUGACCAAAGUUGCUCAUAGAAUAUUCAUGGAGUACGUGAAAUCGGAUAUACUCAACAUACCAGAUUUCGCGUUGGGUUCAGGCGGCUCACGGAUCAUACAUUCCUACACAAGUCGUAGCUAUGUGGAGAUGCCCGAAUCUUUUGCCGGAAAGUUAUGGGCAAGGAUAACGGGACGAGGAAUGGUUGUAGGGUUGUCACCCUCGGUGGCGGUGACGAGUGAUAAUUCGGUGGGCAAAUGCUUCGCGUUCGCUGGUGACAAAGGACAACUCGCGAUUCAACUCAGCCGGUCAAUAUACAUCACCUCCAUCACCUACCAACACAUAGAUCGAGCAUUGGCAUUGGAUGAUGAUAAUCUGCGGAGUGCACCGGCACGACUCGCGAUAUUGGGCAUACCCGAUGAAAAUGACGGCAACGCUCCUAUGACCGCUUCGAAAAAAUCACAAAAACAAGUGAUUCAAGAUGACUUCAUAAAACUUGGCGAAUUCGUGUAUGAUCUGGAGGGACCGCCGGUUCAAAAUUUCGUUGUCGAGCAUUCAAACGGCAGCGAAAAGAUACCCAUCAAAGGAGUUAUAUUUAAGAUAAAUAGUUCACGGAAAGAAUAUCAACAGUGUGAUGCCGGUUUCUUCUCAGAAUUUUCAGAUUAG